CAAAAUGAAAAAGUAAAAGAGAACUGGAGAUUCCCGGAUAGAUCCCCUCCCUGGGUCAUGUCAUUCUAGGAAAUUCUCCAGGUUCUUUCUCGCCAUUGUUAAACAAUAGAGGCAAAAAGGAAAGCACCAAAAACACCAAAAACACCAUUCUCAACCAUACUAACUUAAUACCAGUUUUAACUCGCCGUUGUUGCCCCUUCUUCGAUAUCUCCACUGCUUGAAACAGGGCAUCGAGGUGGUGAAAGAGGCCGUUUAAGUAAGGCCCUCCGGAUAGUUUCAGAUAUAAAUAAAUACCUCCAUAGGGCCGAGAAAAGAGAGGCGUGGGGAACGGAAUCUCAUCACGGCAAUUCUAUACAGAAACUUAUCCAACAGGAUCGGGCAAAUGCCGCCUGUAACUAGGAGGGGACAGAAGGCGACGGAAAGAACAGCCCAGGUGGGUAUAUGCACAGAAUCAGAGGCGAAUGCCGGGGGGAUAUUCAGAACCGUUGAGUCGAAGGAAGUCAUGCGCUGUCGGUGGGCAGAAGGAUGUAAGAUAUUGUUUUCCGGUGAUUAUGAAGGGAGAGGUCAGGGCACAGAUUUUUGGCGUGAACAAUUGGGUUGGAAAGGAGAAAAGCCACUGCGCGCCAUCUAUCGUCGGUACGAAGCUGUGGGGAACCCCGAACGAAAAGAUGAUAAUUCUGGCACUCGAUUCUCAUGGGGCGUGGAAACGGGGAGGUGGAUGGAUAAAUCGGGGUGGUUGAAGAUGAAACGGCGCCCAGGGUCCGGUAGUAGUAAAGGGGAGGUCAAAGCCUCGGAAGGUGAUAAAAUUACGGGAGACAUUCCUAUAACAGGUGCAGAAGGGUUAAGAGAUAGCCACGGCAUACAGGUGCUGCCAAUGGACAAUGGGGAAAGCACUGCGGGAGCAGACUCAGGUUCCCCUAAAUAUUGUCCUUACGAUGUCAUCUCCGCACCCGAAGAAGGUCCAAGCGAUAAAUGUUCACGCGGGGAGCAAAGUAGCGCGAGACCAAAGGAACCAGCGGUGGUCAAGAGGCAGAGAUCCGACGAUGUUUCGGUAUCUAGCCCGGAGAUUCACCGGUGGAGAAGAGACGUGGCAUUAGGAGCUAACCCUGUCCCGAAACCAGGAGAGAGAGCUGCUAAAGCAGAGCCAGUUACACAAAGGAAAUGCGCACUCAAAACCACAACCACGUUGCUUUUGGAGAUAACCACGAGAGGAAGUGAGGCCAUAAAUCGUGAGACAGUGGAGGAUGAGCCACGAGCGAACCAAUGGAGGCAACCACAAGAACCAUCCACUAAUGAGGGUGGACUUGCGCCGAGGGCCAACAUUGCUCCCGAACCGGAUCAACAGGCAACGGAGUCGCCUUCAAAAUGUGGUGGUACCGAAUCUGUGGCUCCAGAAGGUGAUUAUGGGGAGUUUCUAGACGAUAAUCAUGCUCUUCUCAACGUCCAGGGCGAUGAGGGAGAGUCAAGAAGAGUGCUUAGGAGUCGCUCAGCCGGGCGGGGGCUCCCAGAAGGAGUGGUAUUGGAGAUGGACAUCUUUCCAAAUCAACAAAAAGAGUUCAAUUUACCGGAAAACAAGGGAGAGGAGCCCCACGCUCAAGAAACGGUUCUCCCAGCAGCAAUCGAGAGCGGCAGAGCUUCUCGGUGGCAUCACAUAGCAGCCACGCCCGGAGAAUAUCCCAGGAUGCAACCAGACAGGAUAACGAGAAGUAGAAAGAACAUUCCUGACGCUGCGCCAGCCGGUAUCACAUCUCAGGCUGUUCGUGGUGAACAGGUAGUCGCUUCUUCCGCGCCAGAGGUUCAGGCCCGGAGCCAAACUCAGGAUAUGGUUCUGGAGGAGGGAGCUGAGGCAAAGGCGCCGACGAGCCGGAAAAUAAAACGGAAAGAGACUUCAACUCCAAUGCAGGCGGAGACAGAACGCCGGCCAAAAAGGAUCCGUCGGGCCCCAAAGUGGUACUACGACUACUAAGGGGCCUCUAUGUUUCCUGGGGGCAGCUUGAUGAACAACCGGGAGGGGAAACUGAACACGAUAAAAUUGACGAAUGAGACAUAUAUGGAAGAAGAAUAAGAAAAAGAAAAAGAAAAGAGAAAAAGAGACAAAGAUUUAUCAGUUCUGGCGGAUUUUCUUUAACUUCCUCACCCUACGUCCAAGCACAUCCCUCCCUUCCUCGACCUCACCCAUAGCCUCCCGCUUCGCUUCUCCCACCUCCUUUAUAAUUCCACCACGCACAACGCGACCCUCGAUGCUAACUCCCUCCUCCUUCCACUCGAUCAUUUUCUUCCCGACACGAUCUUCAAUAGCCAAAACUAGCUGCACAUCACGUUGACCCACCAGCGUAACCGCUUCACCCUCCCGCCCAGCUCUAGCCGUCCGACCAACACGAUGGACAUAAUCAUCCGGAUUGCGGGGCACAUCAAAGUUUAUCACCAGGCUUACGCUGGGGAUAUCCAGGCCACGAGCAGCGACAUCAGUCGCGACUAAUAUACGGGCUGCAGAGGCACGGAAACGCGACAGAUUCGCAGUACGUUCCGACUGCGGGAGAAGACUGUGUAGCGACGUGACCCUAUGACCAAGGCGCCGCAGCAUACGUUCAAGGAGAUCUGCCGUCUUCGUUCGAUUGCAGAAGAUAAUAGAGGGUUUUGGCGCGUUGGCUUCCGUCGAUAGGAGGGUGUGGAGAAACGCUUCGCGAUGGGUCAGGGGCACUUGGAGAUAUGUCUGCUUGAGCGUGGGCGGGAUGGUAGCUUGGUUUUCUGUAGAGAUUUCAGUGACGAAGAUCGGAGGCUUGUUCGCGGGGCGAGGCAUGGAUUUCAGCGCUCGAACCUCCGGGGUGACUGUGGCUGUGAAGAGGAGUGUUUGGCGACUUGUCGAAGGGGGGAGCGCGGAGAGACAGGUUUCCACGUCCGGCAGCAUGCUUCCGGGUCCAGAUGCUAGAAGCCGGUCGGCUUCAUCGAGAACGACGACGCGUGUGCGGUUGAGGCCGCAGAUCGUAUCUGCUCCGGAGCUGGUUAUAUGAUCCGCAAGACGACCAGGUGUGGCAAUGACUAUGUGAGGGCGUUGUGAGAGAGCAAUAGCCUGCGGCCGCAUUUCGGUUCCACCAGUAAUGAGAAUAGGCUUCAGAGAUUGCGGCGCAGAAAUAGCUUUGAUUUGCUCAAAUAUCUGCAGAGCCAAUUCCCUAUAUUUAUAAAAUUAAGUUAGCAAAC